AACAUAAUUAACCCUUUGCCAAUUGCCAUUACCACAAAAUUAAUUAAUCCCUUUUACCCAUGAUCUUUAAUUUGGGAGAUAAAUUUUGAUUUUGGGUAAAAGGGUAGAAAUUAUUUAGAUGGGUAAUACCGGAAGUAAUGGUAUGAAUGGCCGGAGAAGAAAUUACAGCCACCGGCGGAGCCACCUGCCACAGCGGGAGAUCACCGGCAACAGUUACGUAUUUGACGCAGCAUCGCCACCAUAUUCUUAUCAGCAAAAUCGUAAUACGACACCGUACUAUCAGUACCCGGGUUAUUAUCCGCCGCCGUAUGAACAGCAUUCCCACCACCCUAUGAACCCUAAUUAUGCAAAUUGGGUUAAUGGCGGUUACCCGUGUGGACCACCCAUGAUACCUCCAACGCCUGCACCUUAUGUGGAGCAUCAAAAAGCUGUGACGAUACGUAAUGAUGUGAAUCUGAAGAAGGAGACUCUAAGGAUAGAGGCGGAUGAAGCUAAUCCUGGAAAAUACCUCGUCGCUUUCGAUUUCGAUGCUACCGUAGCUGGAAGCUUGACUGUCAUUUUCUUUGCAAAAGAAGGUGAAGAUUGUUGCUUGACUCCUAUGAAGGAAAGUUUACUUCCACCAAUAACCAUUCAAUUUAAAAAAGGUUUAUCUCAGAAAUUUAGGCAAUCCUCUAGAAGUGGCAUUGAUGUUUCCAUGUUUGGAGAGGCAGACUUGUGUAAUGCAGAUAUAUAUGAGCUGGCGGUGAAGGCAGAGGCAUUGGAGGAUGGAAAUGCAGUGUCCACAAAUUUCCAGAUUACUCAGGCAGUUUUUGAAAAGGAGAAAGGCGAAUUCAAAAUUAGGGUGGUGAAGCAAAUCCUCUGGGUCAAUGGCAUGAGGUAUGAAUUGCAAGAGAUUUAUGGCAUCGGGAAUUCAGUUGAUAAGGACUUUGAUGGAAACGAUAAUGGGAAGGAAUGUGUCGUAUGUCUUUCUGAACCUCGAGACACUACUGUACUUCCAUGCCGCCACAUGUGCAUGUGCAGUGGAUGUGCACAAGUUUUGAGGUUCCAAACAAAUCGUUGUCCUAUUUGUCGUCAGCCAGUUGAGCGAUUCUUGGAGAUUAAGGUCAGCGAAGCUGCUGAAGAGUAACAGUCGUGACAACCACCAUUAAUGUAUAAAAACAGGGGCGAAGCUAGAUGCCUGAAUACAGUAUCCAGUGACUGAAAAAUGAUGGUGUUUCCAACAAGUAUGUCAAGAAAUGCGGGGAAAGACCAAUACACGGAGUUAAAUAAUGUAUAGCAACAGCAGAAUUUUCAUUAUAUGUAUUAACACAGUCUGAAAUGGUUACAACAAGGAGGUAGAUGGCAAUUUGCUGAUUUGAACUGUACUUAAUCAAACAAAAUAACAAAUUACCAGAAUUUGUUCUGUUUUAUGGAGUCCUGAAUAAAAUAUUUGUACAUAUUAAACGAAUUUUUAAACUUAGAAUAAAGUUGCUUGAUUCUACUGAA